AGCAGCAGCAUUCUUGUUGUAUUAAAAAAGACAAAAAAAAAACACACAAUAUAUAUAUAUUUAUACGACAAGUAAUAAGUAUUGGUGAUAGUUACAUGCACAUAUGUACAUUGUUACAUUCUCAAAAUGAACAAGGCAUUAUCAUCAAAGUGAAAAUAAAAAAAAGAAAAAACCAAACAAUAUACAGUUAAAGUAUAUAACAUUGAUUAUAAUUAAUAGACAAUGUAUAUUUAAAUCAAAUUAAUAUAUUAUCUUUUUUUAUUUAUAUAAUAUACAAUUGUGUUGAUUUUUUUUUUUUUUUCAAUUGACAUUUUAUCUAUUUUUGUGUUUGUGAAAAUAAAGAAAAGAAAAACAAAAAAAAUUGAGAAUUUUUUAUGAAAAAAAAGUGUAUUUUUAUUUAAAAAAGAGUUGAUAUUAAAAAAAAGGUUAAAUUUAUUGUAAAUUUAUAAUUUGUGUGUUACCUUUGAUGAUAAAUAAAUAAUUAAUUUUAAUGUUGAUGGUGUUGAUUGUUGAUGGAUAAACUGGACCCCCCAACUAGAUGUUAACAAUAAAUAAUGAAAAACAGAAGGUCACGUUCAACUUGCUGAUAUGCUGAAUGUAGUAGAUUACAGAUUGGAUCUCAGGUGAUCUCGGUGAUUCAAAGUAUGCAAAUUGGAAUGAGAGAAUAUCGAAAAAAGUACGUCUAGAUGCAAAGCGAUUUGAUCGCAUGUGCACAGGCGUUACUGUUUUGCUGAUUUUAAAUAUCUAUCAUGGCCACCAAUGGCCAAGUGGAUUACCAGUGGGCAUAUUCAAUUAUGGAUUCGUCCAGGGUUUCAACAUUUUUAAUUUCUAUAUUACUUAUUGUAUAUGGAAGUUUUAGAUCAUUAAAUAUGGAACAAGAAGCUAGAGAAAGAGAAAAAGAAAAAGAACGUAGUAAUUUAUUAUCAGGUUUAACAAGUACUGCUGGAAGUAGUGAUUGUGGUGCUGCUGGUGUACAAACAUUAGAUACAAUGCAUGCUUUAUGUCUACCUCUUGGUGCUUCCGUAUCUCUACUUAUAAUGUUUUUCUUUUUUGAUAGUAUGCAAAUGUUAUUUGCAAUUUGUACAGCAAUUAUUGCAACAGUUGCACUUGCAUUUUUAUUAUUACCAAUGUGUCAGUAUAUAAUACGUCCAUGUUCAGAUGGUAAUAAAAUAUCAUUUGGUGUUUGUGGAAGAUUUACUGGUGCUGAAUUAUUAUCAUUUUCAUUGAGUGUCAGUAUUGUAUGUAUAUGGGUAUUAACUGGUCAUUGGUUACUCAUGGAUGCAAUGGGUAUGGGUUUAUGUGUUGCAUUUAUUGCAUUUGUACGUUUACCAAGUUUAAAAGUAUCAACAUUAUUACUAACUGGAUUACUUAUUUAUGAUGUAUUUUGGGUAUUUUUUUCAUCAUAUAUAUUCAGUACAAAUGUUAUGGUUAAGGUUGCAACACGUCCUGCUGAUAAUCCUGUUGGUCUUGUUGCACGUAGAUUACAUCUUGGUGGUGUUGUACGUGAAGCACCAAAAUUAUCAUUACCUGGAAAAUUAGUAUUUCCAUCAAUGCAUCAAGCUGGACAUUUUUCAAUGCUUGGUCUUGGUGAUGUUGUUAUGCCUGGUUUAUUAUUAUGUUUUGUAUUACGUUAUGAUGCAUAUAAAAAAAGCCAAUUAAUACCAGGUGGUUGUGAAGCUGGUGUACCACCACCAAGACAUCUUGGACGUAUUAGUUAUUUUCAUUGUUCAUUAAUUGGUUAUUUUCUUGGUUUAUUAACAGCAACUGUUAGCUCAGAAAUAUUUAAAGCAGCACAACCAGCAUUACUUUAUCUUGUGCCGUUUACGCUUUUACCAUUAUUAACAAUGGCAUAUUUAAAGGGUGAUUUACGUAGAAUGUGGAGUGAACCAUUUAUAACACAUCCACCAUCAAAACACAUGGAUGUUUGACAACUGAAUGUCAUUAUUAGUCCAAAAAAAUAAUUCAACAUGAUCGAUAACAAUAAUUUAUUUAUAAAAUACAUGUGUCUAUUGUUGUAUCACAAAUUUUCACAAUACUUUCAUCAAUAUCAUUUUACAUUUAUUUUUUUUUUUUUUUCUUUUUUUACCUGAAUAAUUAGUAUGAAUGUGAGUGUAAAUGUUUUAUUGCCACACGAGAGAUUAAUUAUAGCCACUUUGUUUAUUUGACAUUUGAUUUUUCAAUGAAAACAAUUGAUAUUUAUGUGUGUACACAUUAAAAUAUGUGCAUGAUAAAUCAUUUCAAAUAAAAUUGACAAUUGUGCAGCUAAAAAUAAUGAUGAAUAGCCAAUAACUACUGGUAAACACUAAGUUUUUUUUUUUUUUCAUUUCUUGAUCAAAAAUGGGAUUUGCAAUUUUAUUUGAUUAAAGGUAUUAUUCAUACGUACUGAAUAACAAAUUGUUAUUAUAAAAAAAAAUGAAAUUUUUAUUAAAUACUGAUUGACGAAAAUUAGUUCUCAUAGAAUGAGAAAUCGAGUCAAUAACUCAAAUAAAUUAGUUUAAAUAAAAUAUAUAUAUAUUGGUAAUAGAAAAAUAAAAAAAAUAUGAAAAAUUAAUUUCAUAAUUUUCACACUAUCUAAUUAAAAUUAAGAUUAUACAAAUAAAAAAAAAAUCGAACAAAUCGAAUUUUUUCCAGUGCACCGAUUAAGAGAAAAUAAAUCGAAAAAUAUAUUAUUUAAAUAACUGUAUGAUCGCGUGUUGGUUGUGAAUUAUUAUAAUUUAUUAAGCAAAAAAAAAAUAUAUAUAUAUAUAUUAUAAUAAAUAAUAAUAAUUGUCAAACAAUUUUUUCAAUAGUUUUUUUUUUUUUUUUUUAAACUAAAAUUUUGUAUAUAAAUUAUGUAUUAAUAAUUUUUUUAUAACAAUGCAAAUAAGCUAAAAAAUAAGUUGAUCUGGAUUAUAUUUUAUAAUUACUAUUAACAUUUAUUUAAAAAAUUUUAUUUGUCUUUGAAUUUUUUGGUUUGUUUAAUUAUUAAAUUAUUUUCAAAGUGAUAACGUGACAUCCGGGACGAGACCAGCCUUGAAU